AUGUCGAUCGACGAGCAAAGAAGCUUACUUGUGGUUUCCAACCGGCUUCCCGUGUCUGUCAAACGAGUCGAUGGAGGGUAUCAAUCAUCGAUCUCGAGCGGAGGGCUAGUCACGGCAUUGUCGGGAUUGAAAACUACCAAGUUCCAAUGGUUUGGCUGGCCAGGAAUUGAAGUCAAGGACACUGCAGACAGGGAGCAAGUAUCGCAGAGCUUGGAAGAACACAAUGCCUGUCCGAUCUUCCUAGACGAUGAUCUUGCACAGGAGCAUUACAAUGGAUUCUCUAACCGCAUUCUAUGGCCGAUACUACACUACCAGUCAGGAGUGACAUUCGACGAUGGUCCCUGGCAGGCCUAUAGACGCGUCAAUGAAGUGUUUGCCGAUCAGAUCGCCAAUGCAGCUGACAGUGGGAAUCUGAUCUGGAUUCAUGAUUACCACCUGAUGCUAUUGCCAGGACUUCUGCGUUCCCGACUUGAACAGCAGGGCAAAUCUUGCGCAAUUGGGUUCUCAUUGCACACUCCAUUCCCGGCGGGUGAUUUCUGGAGAGCCCUGCCUGUUCGCAAAGAUUUGAUUGAUGGCUUGCUAGCCAGUGAUCUUAUCGGAUUCCAUACGGAUGAGUACAUGCAGAAUUUCAUCGAAACUUGUUCGAAUUUGCUCGGUGCACGCACAGAAAUUCCGAAUCAAAUACAGUACAAGAAUCGGCUGGUUUGCGUUGACAAGUUUAUCGUCGGUAUCGACCCACAGAAAUUCACCGAUACGCUGAAAAGCCCCGAUGUCGUAGAGCGAAUUAAGACUCUUGAAGAGAGGUACAAGGGGAUGACGGUCAUCGUUGGGGUGGAUCGACUAGACCAUAUCAAGGGUCUGACGCAGAAGCUGAAAGGAUACGAUUCCUUCUUGGACGAUCACCCGGAGCUACGAAACAAGGUCGUUCUCAUUCAAGUCGCGGUGCCUAGUCGCGAGGAUGUCAAGGAAUACCAAGAGUUGGAAACAGAGCUAAGUACAUUGGCUGGCAAAAUCAACGGCAAACACGCCACACCCGAUGGUACCCCAUUGCUGUACAUGCACCGAUCUGUUCCUUUCAAAGAAUUAGCAGCUCUUUACUCGAUCGCCGAUGCAUGCCUCCUCACUUCCACUCGAGAUGGAAUGAAUUUGGUCUCUUUUGAAUAUGUCGCCUGCCAGGAGAAGCGAAACGGCGUUCUGAUUUUAUCCGAGUUUGCAGGCGCAGCCUCAUUUAUGCAAGAAGGAAGUAUUUGUUUCCACCCAGCUAACAAGACGGAGAUGUCUGAGGCUAUCUUCAAGGCGCUUAAUCUCGAUCCUGCCGAGCGCAAACGGAAGUCUGAACAGCUUCGGGAUUUCGUCCAAAAGUAUACGAGGUGA